AUGUCGAACCCCAUCCACCCCUCCCUCCUGGACAAACUCGACCCCGAAUUCAUCGACUUUUAUAACAGAGAGCUCAUCCAUAUCGUACCCCCACACACCCUCCCGUGGACACCCGAUAUCCGAAACGCGCCAGCUGUACCUGGGGGGUCGACGCCUCUGCCUGUUGGGAGGAUUCAGGAUUUCGAUGUUGAACAGACGAGGGUGAGGGUUUAUACGCCGCCUGGGGAGGUGCCGGAUGGAGGGUGGCCGGUGUUUCUGUUCUUUCAUGGAGGUGGAUGGACACUCGGGAAUAUAGCGAGCGAGAGUGCGUUUUGUACGAAUAUGUGUAUAGUGCGACUCCGUCGCCUUGAGCUUGAUCGAACAUUCUAUUCGACCAUCGACGGGGACAGGGUCUGUGGAGCCGACUGCGUAGUAAUCUCGGUCGAUUAUCGUCUGGCACCGGAGAAUCCGUAUCCAGCAGCUGUCCAAGACGCGGUUGAUGCGCUGGUGUGGACCGUCCAUACGGGUGCUAAGCUUCUGGAUUUGGAUUUGGGAAGGUUGGCUGUGGGUGGGUCGUCUAGUGGAGGAAACCUAGCAGCCGUCCUAGCUAUCAAAGUCAACGCCAACCAAAUCCCCAGUACUACCGAGUCCACGCCUCUCCCGGCGAACCUAAUCAAAUUCCAACUCCUCAUCGUACCCGUAAUCGAUAACACUUUAUCCACCUCCUCCGGCUCCGAAUCUACUAGUACCACCACCUCAACAACGACUAAUUCCACGUCGACAUGGUCAACAAACCAACACACACCCUGGCUCACCCCCGCCCGUAUGCUCUGGUUCCGGUCCAACUACCUCCCCAACCCUCAAGACCGAGGAAACUGGGACGCCUCCCCGAUCUUUGCACCCAAGGAGUGGGUAAGGGGUCUGCCUAAAACCUGGAUCGCACUGGCGGAGUUGGAUAUUUUGUGUGGCGAGGGGUUGGAGUAUGCGGAGAAGUUGAAGAGGGAGGGUGUGGAGGUUGAGGUGGAGGUAUAUAGGGGUGCGCCGCAUCCUGUUAUGGCUAUGGACGGUGUGUUGAGUGUUGGAAGGAAGUUGGUGAAGGACGCUGCGGGGAAGUUGAAAGAGGCGUUCGGGGCUCUGAAGAAGUGA